AUGGAAGAAAUUGAUUCAAAUUACUCGCUUGUUCAUUAUAAUCAAAGCCUGGUGGGCAUACAUGGCAGAACAACGUCACCAAAUUUGAUAAUCAAAGCAAUAUCGGUUGCGUUAUUGAUCGCCACAAUCAUCGUCGGCACUGUUGGCAACUCUCUUGUGAUAGCAUCUAUAACUAUGUUUAAGCGACUGCGCUCGCCAUUCAACGUUCUCAUCGGCGGGCUCUGUGUUUCUGAUUUCACGACUUGCACCUUCAUGACGUCACUCACAAUAAUUGCGUACGUCACGGAUGGCAACUUGUUUGGUUAUCAUGACAACAGUCCGAGAGGCAACUGGCUAUGUAAACUAUAUGGGUGUGUCUUCCUCCAGAGCGGCGGGGCAUCAAUAUUCUGCAUGACUGCUAUCGCAAUCAACCGAUACCUGACCGUAUGCCGAAAAAAUAACAAUGCUCUACGUUUGACGGUGAAAAACAAUGUCAUGGUCGCCACUGCUUGCCAUUUAACAGCGGUCGUGUUCAGUAUUCUGCCACUUUUCAAUUUUUCAAAUUACAAAUACAGCUACAAUGAACGCAUAUGCUUAAUAGAUCGUACAGGACUGGGAUUCUAUUACCUUAUAUGCCUUUCCAUCGCCACCGGACUUCUACCUCUACUCGUUAUAGGGUAUUGUUACGCGCAUCUAUGGUUUAAAGUUUAUCAAAGCAGACGCCAGGUGCACUCUAUCGCAACAAGCAACCAACGGAUGUCCAGCAAAGAAAUCGCUAUUACGAAAACCGUCUUUUCUGUUUUUCUAUCUUAUAUUAUGUUUAUAUCCCCCUAUCAGUUUGUCGUAACGUUUGUCCUCAGCAGAGAGCCUCCGUUCGGUCUGGCGGUUUUGUUUUUCGCCAACAGUGCUGUAAAUCCAAUCAUAUACGGUGUAUGCAACCCGCAGUUAAGGGAAGCGUACCGUAAACUGCUUUCACGUAACCUAUGCGUUCGUGAUCAUCGACGCCAAAUAGUGAGCUCGAUCGUAAAUGCCGAUCCCUCGGGUUCAACAUAUCCGACUGACGUCGAAAAUAGAACAUUUUUACCACCACCAGCACUGCCACAUGUUUCAAUAUGA